AUGUCCGCCCAGACGUUUCGGGUCACCGGCGCUGUUUUGCGCCCGCCCACCCUGAGAAGGUUGCCCGCCGGACGCCCCCACCGGCAGAGCACCCAUCAGGCAGGCAGCCGCCUCCCUAUUUCCACAGAUUCGUCGCCUCGGCCCAGCCGCCCCCUCCCUCUAGAGGAACCCCAGCUUAACGGCAACACCUCUGGCUUCUUCAUGAGCGCAGCACCUUUUGUCACAGCCCCCUGCGAACGGGUGGCAAUCGCGACACUGCUGGCGUGCCUGCUUGUCUGGAGGGGAGCGGACGGCGCUGACGUUGCAGGCCUGGAUGACAACCCUUUACACGAUGCUAAUUGUGAACGGUACCCAUAUAUGGCAUCAUUGCGGGACUCAUCUGACAAACACCACUGCAACGGGGUGCUGGUUGGGGAUGUGUGGGUGCUGACUGCGGCACACUGUGUUGACUCUCGCGCUGACCCUCAUGCACUGGGACCCCAUCCAAUUGUCAAGGUUGGGGGCUGUUUGCUAAACGACACAGAAGGCACAAACGAGAACUUCGAGACGAUGAUUGGCACAGCAGCUUCCAACAUGAGUGUGUCUGCCCCCCUCUGA